AUGAAACUCUAUGAGAAAAUAGAACUUGAUAAAGUUCAGGAAGAUAAGAGUUCGCAAGCUUACAGGAGGAAGCUUGAUAAAAGUUCAGGGAAGAUAAGAGUCGCAUUCAGUAGGAAGCUUGAUAAAGUUCAGGACAAUAAGAGUUCCGCAUAUACAAGGAGGAACUUGAUAAAGAUGUCAGCGAAGAUAAUGAAAAGUCACGCCACUUGUGUGUCUCAAGUUAGAAACUUGACACAACAUUAUCAAGAAGUUACCAACAUAAACAGUCAACUGCAGGUCAACAACACAUUGCUGGAGAACGUCACACAACACACUCAGCAGUCACGUGACAAAUUGUUACAACAAUUAUCACAGUGUCAACACAAUGUGACAGAAAUUAAAAAAAUAAGCCUCCGUGCACGAGACUGCUGGGACCUUCAACAUAAAGGUGUGACUGAGAGUGGCGUCUACCAAGUGUUCCCUCAGUGUUUUUCAGGAGGUGUGAGUGUGUUGUGUGAGAUGCAAGAAGAACACAUGUGGACGGUGUUCCUCGUCCGCCGGCGCCAGACUCCACAAGUGAACUUCAGAAGGACCUGGCAAGACUACAAGACUGGCUUCGGUGACCCAAGUGGAGAAUAUUGGUUGGGUAAUGACAACCUUCACGCCCUGACUAGCGGAGGUCAUCGUUACCGACUCAAGGUGAUCGCUACCAACCUGCGAGGAGAACAACGAUCUGCAGUGUGGGAGACCUUCAGUGUAGCUGAUGAACUUAACAAUUUUGCAGGAGGUGUGAGUGUGUUGUGUGAGAUGCAAGAAGAACACAUGUGGACGGUGUUCCUCGUCCGCCGGCGCCAGACUCCACAAGUGAACUUCACCAGGACCUGGCAAGACUACAAGACUGGCUUCGGUGACCCAAGUGGAGAAUAUUGGUUGGGUAAUGACAACCUUCACGCCCUGACUAGCGGAGGUCAUCGUUACCGACUCAAGGUGAUCGCUACCAACCUGCAAGGAGAACAACGAUCUGCAGUGUGGGAGACCUUCAGUGUAGCUGAUGAACUUAACAACAUGUUAGUGUAA